GAGUUACAGUGAUCUCAAAGUCAUUAAAUGAUUUUGAACUUCUGGUUGCGGAAACAUUAGCCAGUUGUCAAAUGGGAAGACACUUGUUUACAAUUCCUACUUUUACGGCGUCCUUUUUUUCUUUUUUCUUUUUCGCCACGGCGUUCAAAACAAGGUGAAUACAUGAAAUGUUCUGAACACUCACUUUCAUCUAUCUCCUCUCUCUCUAUGAUGCAGAAGAUUUAUUUGGCCUCAUCAGAUAGAUUUCGAAUCGAUUUGUGACUCAAAUUCGUUGAAGAACUUGCCAACAAGGACACUCAUUGGCUUGUGCUUAUGUGAUGCCAGAUAAACACUUAACAUGCAAAAACAGUGGUUACUGAAGCCAGUCAAUGGUCAACAAGAAAGCUACCCUUCAUAUGAUGGAUUUGUGUUUCCUCCUAAGUUUUUCCUGGAUAUGUUGCCUUUUGGAGUGCAAGGACCUGAUAAGCCUCUUCUAUUGACUGAACAUAACGAGGGUAAGAAAAUAGACAAUUUUGUUGGUACUGGUGAACAUUUAAAUGUUGUGCAAAGUUCAGAUAAUGAAAUUGAAGGUGGUGGAGGGGUAAAAGAAACUUCACACAAGCGGAUAAAAUGGACAGAUGAUAUGGUAAAGCUUCUGAUUACUGCUCUUUCCUACACUGGAGAGGAUGAUGUUGCAGUUCAGCGUUUUAGAUUUGUGAGUUGCCCAAAGGCAGGCAAGUGGAGAGCUAUCUCAAACGUCAUGGUACAAAGAGGUUAUCAUGUAACACCACAUCAAUGUGAGGAUAAAUUCUAUGAUUUGAGCAAAAAAUACAGAAGGCUGAAUGAUUUACUAGGCAGAGGUACAGCUUGUAAGGUUGUAGAGAACCCGAAGCUUAUGAACUCAAUGGAUCUGUCUAAAGAAGUAGUGGCAGAAGUCAUGAAGAUUCUAAGUAGCAAACAGUUGUUCUUUAAAGAAAUGUGCUCAUAUUAUAAUGGGAAUCGGUUUUUUCUUCCUCAUGAUCAGUCUCUCCAACAUUUAGUUAAAGUGGCUCUUAAAGCUAAAGGCAAGCUCUCUCAAUAUGUGAGUCAUGAGCUGCCUGCAAAAAGAAGGAGAGAGCUUGAAGAUUUUGGAGUUUCAGGUUUCAGGAGUGCUUCUGAUUGCAAUAGAAAAUCAGCAUAUCAUCUAUCAAACGAGCAGACUGAUCCGAUUUCUCUUACGAACGAGGGUGGUGAGGGAGACCGGUCUCAGGAUGAUUGGAUGACAUCUCGCUUACUGCACUUGGAGGAGCAGAAAUUGCAAAUACAGGAGCAGAGACUCGAUCUGGAGAAGUUUCUCAGGGACACCCAACAACAGGACUUGAAGUUGGAAAAGAUGAGGCUGGAAAAUCAGGUUAUGAGGCUUGAGAAUCAACGGUUGGCUGUUAAACUGAAAUACUGGAAAAGAGGUCCUGAUUGAAUACUGUCUCAAUACAAUAUUGUCUAGAUAAUGCAGGCGUCAAAUAAGCAUAGUAGCAUCAUCAUUGAAAUUGAUCUUGUUGUUUUGUUGAAUGUAUUUCACAGGCAGCAAAUGAGCAUUUGGAAAGUCUUAUGCAGCAACUGAUGGCAAGUUUUGUAAAGUCAUUAUCCAGGUUAAGUUUCUGAAGGAACCGGCUUGCUGAUGUUUAAGCAGUAUCUCCUUUUUCUUUUUGUAGUUGAUGUUUCGUGGAUUGAUUUCUGUAAUUUCCUAGCUUGAACUUGUACUUGAAUUGGAAAAACCCGG